AUGACACCCAAGACAAACCGGGACCAGCACCUUCUAUUUGAAAUCCUGCAGUGUUGGGCCGGGCCAGAUGAAGAGAAAGAGAAACACGCCAAAACGCUAGUACAAAAACACAUCUGCCUGGAUGAACUUGACCCAGACUUUUUGACCUCAACUGUGUUACCAUCUGGUCUUGCCGGAACCCAGCAAGUAUACAAUUCAUUUCAGAUCCAAGCACUUCGUGCCAAGGAAAAGUAUGGCAGGCUUGCACGAACAGCCAUAGCAUCAACACCGGUCUGGACCAGUUCAGGAACAGCAAUUUCAGCUAUUGGGGAUAUGAAGACUGACCUGUUGAAGUAUCCUCCCAUCAAAAUAGGGAAGAAAGUUGAAUGGACCAUUGAAAUUUUGAAGGAUGCUGACAAUGUCUGGCUUGGGAUGGCGGUUCCAGGACAGCUCGGAAGCAAAUGUUGCUCUGAUGAUGCGCAAUGUCCGGGAGUGUCGUAUUGUGCAGAGGGGCUUGUGGAGUGUUGUGGUAAAAAAAUUCGAGGUGAUAUUCCUACAUUUGAAGCAGGCUCACAAGUCACGUUGACAUUGAAUGUUAAAAACCAUAUUGUGGAGGUGGAUGGAUCUGUCAAUGGAGGACCCACAAAAGCUCUUGUUAAUAUAAACAACAAAGCUGAGAAAGGACACAUCCAUGCGGUGUCCUCCAGACACAAUGGCUCUGUGCGCUUUUUGCGCAUCAAGGAGAUCUAG